AUGGCGGUCUUCCGUGCACAAGAUCCGGCGUGGACUGGCGACCUGGAUGCUUGGGCCUUGACGGACUGCGAUAGGGCCACCCUCCAUUAUGACGGCAUUUGUUCGCGUUGCUAUCGAAAGGAUGAGAAACGUGGCCCCGACGAGCCUUACUUCUUCUCUGCGGAAAACCAGCUCGACUUUGGCCCCGUACCGACCCGAUUGCCCGAGCUCACACCUACCGAAGAGGCAUUGAUUGCUCGUGUCCAUGUCCACGUGAACAUUAUGCUUGUGCGGGGCAGCAGUACAAGUAUCGAGGGCACGUCGUUCACUUUCUCCGCGAGCCGGCAAUUCACCCGCCAGUUCCGCGUGCGUCGCCAGGCGGUUAUGAUAUGGCUAGACUACCUGCGCCAUCAUCAUCCUGGCUAUCGAUCCAUCGCGAUCGACGACGAGCGACUGAGCCAACUGCCCGAGGACGGCAAUGUGGUGGACGCCAUCCCCCAAAGUCAGGUGGAGGCUGCCGAUGUGGGACCGGAGGAAGAUCAGGAGGCAGAGCCUGACCUAGAGGAUGCGGCUGCGGUGCCUGACCUGUUGGCCAAGGACACGGAGCUGGAUGCUCUGCGGUCUAUUCUCGCGGACGGCAGAGCCGACUUUGUGGAGCCUCGCUUGCGGUCCAUUGAGUACAAGGAUUACAUCGAGCACGCGAUGCGGUGGCACGACGGCCGUUUUGCGCGCCAUCCAACCUUCCGCUUUGUCGCAUUCAACACCCUGAUGCGGUCCCAAGCACGUGCGAGGUCCAAAUUCUUCGUGAAGCAACACGAUGGCACCCGUGAGCCGCUCACGCGAGAGCAGCUUAUUCAGGCGCUCGAACACGCUGAGGAUCCACGGGCGCAGGCGCUGAUCAACUCGAUCACAAGAAAGAGGCAGGACCUCGAGGCCCUCUACCAACACAUGCCCCGAUAUGAAGAAUGGCUGGGCGCGUCCGAGCCGGAAAGGAUGGCAUUGUCGCGAACGAAGUUUAACGUGACGGAUUACUGGGGCCGGACAAUGCCCCAGGGUGAAGGGAAUCCCCUGAGUGUGGAUCCGCUGGGCGUAGAGAUGACAUUCCUGCGGCUCUCGCAAAUCGUCAACCGCUGCCAGCGCCACAGAUGCAAUACCGCGUACUGCUUGCGGGUCCGAAAGAAGUGGGGACCUGGCGAACGAUAUGCAAGGGCUGCAGCCGAUAUCGAGGCGGCCAAUGUCGCCGAUCCGGAGAGGGAGUGUCGUUUCAACUUCCCCCGUGCCUUGCGGGAGCUAGCCGCAGUCAUCAGGAAAGAAGGUAAGUCAUAUUACAUCUUCGAGGCAGCCCGCAACGACAGCCUCAUGAACCACUUCAAUCCUGCCAUCAUUCUGGGCUGGCUGGCCAAUAUCGACAUAUCGCCCUGCACCAGCUUACAGGCAGUCAUUACGUAUGCUGCCAAGUAUUGCAGCAAAUCGGAGAAGAAGACGGAGCCUUACUGCAAGCUCGCAGAUCAGGUUUUGCCGCAUACAGCACACCACCAGCCCCUGUUGUCCUUCUCCUCUCGCCUUAUGAAUAAGUUGAUUGCCGAGAGAGAUUAUUCAGCGCAGGAAAUUUCCCACUUGCUGCUCAACAUCCCUCUGCAGGAAGGCACUCGGAUGGUUGUGUACGUCGACUGCCGUCCGUUGGAGCAGCAUGUGCGGUCGUUCCGCGUCGACGAGGAUUCCUACAAUCUCAAGACGUGGAGGAGACUCGGUGCGAACGCGAAGAAGAGGUUGAUGAUGGCCCAUCCGCAUCGCUCUCCGGAGGAGCUGCUUGCUGUGGACGGGCAGCCGUUUGAGUCCUUUGCGGCGGCGUACCAGUGCUGCCGGCAGCGACACCAUUUCCAUGAGGACGACCAUUACGGCGAGGUGGGAGCAAAUGAGCUGCAGGCAGAGGACGAUGAGUUUCAGCGGGAGGAGCACGAAGAGCCUGUCGUGGAGGAAGAUUGGCAUGAACUCGCCCGUAUGCUGCCAGACCAUCCGCUGGAGGAGGAGGAUAUCGACGUGCUGGGCCGGCGAGAUGUCGACGUGAAUUAUGACUGGACUCCCCACGUUGGACGGUAUACCGAUGACGGCAUUCUCCAGGGCGACUUCUGGAAGCAACGCAAAGCCGAAAAUCCCCUUCACCUUGAUGUGGAUCAUCAGCCGCUGGAGGCUCGCGAUUCCCUGAAUCCGGAGCAGCGCCUAGUUUGUUACUCCAUGUGGACGGCGGCGGUGGCACGGGCAAAUCAUACCUCAUCAAUCUGCUUUCGGCGCACCUCCAAGCCGCCUCGGGCGGAAGAGGACGCCUGUUUGGCGUGCCGCGCCCACGGGCGUUGCGGAAAUCAGAUAUCGGGCACUACCUCCCUGCUGCACCUCCCCAUCAACAAGGACUUCAAGCCCCUGUCAGCGAUCGACAAAGCUCAGCUCCAGAAGAAGCUAAAGGAUGUCAAGUACCUGAUCGUCGAUGAGAAGAGCAUGCUGGGUCUGCGACAGCUGUCAUGGAUUGAUGACCGUCUCCGUGAGGCGUUCCCGAAUAGAAAUGAGGAGUUCUUUGGUGGUCUUAAUAUCCUCCUGGUUGGCGACUUCUUUCAGCUUCCCCCUGUACUGCAGAAGCCUCUUUAUUACGACAAGGAGGUGCAGGGGGUAGAGAUCAAGGGCAGGAACGCAUAUCGGCGCUUCGACAAGACGGUUUUCUUGAAGGUUGCCCAGCGUCAGCGCGGCGACGAUCAGGCAGCGUUUCGCUCAGCUCUUGAGGAAUUGCGGCUGCUCCAACUCUCUAUGGAGUCCUGGAAGCUCCUCUCCAGCCGUGUUCAGGCGAAGCUGGACGAUCAGGAGGUUGCCAAGUUCGUCAAUUCCCUACGAGUAUACGCCACGAAAGACAGGGUCAUGGCUAAGAACGUUGGCCCCGGUGCUGCUGCUGCUCCUGACGACAAGCCGGUUGGCCUCUGCAACGGUGCACGUGACCCUCCCUGCGUGAUCAUGAUGGAGUUUGACAAGUACCGGGACUUCCUCGUCGGAGCCACACUCUGCACUCGUACGCAGUUUCCCCUGAUCGUGUGCUACGCCAUUACAGUUCACAAGUCGCAGAGCAUCACCGAAGACAUGAUCGUGACGGAUCUGUCGUGCCGUGACUUUCAGACCGGUUUGAGCUACGUGGCCGUCUCGCGUGUGAAAACGCUGCAGGGUCUGAUGCUGGAUGCCCCGUUUGACCGCAAUCACCUGACUUAUGCGUCGCCGCCGGAAGGAAUUAAGAUGAAAAUGAAGGAUCAACAACUUCGCAAACGACAGGUUCUUACCCAGAAUCCGUAUAAGAUAGGCGACGGGUCUACGUAA